AUGUCUUUCCUUCAUAAUCAUUCUUGCGAGUGCGUUAAGUCAGAAUUGGAUUUGUUUGCACUACCGUCUACACAAACUAGCAUUGAAAAUGGAUUGUGGAUUCAUUAUAAACCAAUUUCAUCUCUUGGUGAUGAUGGACCUAUCGAGUUUCAAGUUCCUGGGACCGGCGAUGACUACAUAGAUUUGUCUCAUACAUUACUCCACAUAAAGGCAAAAGUAUUAAAUCAAGAUUCAACUAACUUGGUAUCUACUACAAUAGUAGCACCUGUAAAUAAUUGGCUGCAUUCACUUUUUAGUCAACUUGAUGUUUAUUUAAACCAAAAACUUGUAUCACCACCUAAUAAUACCUAUGCAUAUCGAGCAUACAUGGAAACCCUUUUAAACUAUGCCCCUGCUGCUAAACAAUCUCAUCUUACUUGUAGUCUUUGGUAUGAGGAUACAGCAGGAAAAAUGGAUUCUACAGAUGGUAAAAACAUAGGAUUUGUUAAAAGACAGGAAUUGAUUAGUGAAAGUAAGGAAAUAGAAAUGAUUGGUCAUCUUCACGGUGACAUUUUUAACCAAGAUAAAUUUUUAAUUAAUGGUGUUGAAAUGAGUGUUAAAUUGGUUCGAUCAAGAGAGAGUUUUAAUUUAAUUGUUGGGUCGAACGAUGUAAAGUUUAAAGUUUGCAUUACGGACGCAACUCUUAUUGUGCGACGAGCACGAAUUAAUCCAAGUGUAUUACUCGCACAUCAAAAAGUUUUAGCUUCUACCACUGCUAAAUAUCCUAUUACUCGAGCUGAAGUAAAAGUUUUAACAAUUCCUUCAGGUGUUCAAGGAAAAACUCUUGAUAAUAUAUUUUUAGGACAGGUACCGAAAAGAUGUAUAAUUGGAUUUGUGAACAAUUCUGCAUUUAAUGGUUCCCUUACUAAAAAUCCAUUUAACUUUGAAAACUAUGGUAUUAAUUCUUUCAGCUUAUAUAUUGAUGGUCAACAAAUACCUUCAAAAGCUUUGCAACCAUCUUUUAAUAAUAGCAUAUUUACAUCAGCAUAUCAUACUCUAUUCUCGGGAACUGGUAUUCACUUUCUUAAUGAAGGAAAUGGAAUCUCUUGUGAACAGUAUGGCAAAGGUUACUGUCUAUUAGCAUUUGACUUAACUCCUGAUUUAUCAGCUAACUCAUCAACUCAUUGGAAUCUCAUAAAGCAUGGUAGUGUAAGAAUAGAAGUACGAUUUGAAUCCUCAUUAAUACAAACAAUUAACUGUAUAGUUUAUGCUGAGUUUGAUAAUAUUAUUGAGAUAGAUAAAAACAGAAAUGUUACUGUAGACUAUAGUAGUUAA